UAUGAAGUCGAGAUGCCCAAUGAAGAUGCCGAGUUACCAACGUUGUGUGAAGUCGUUGGCAAUGCGGUUGCUGUCAACUCAGCCCCCUCCACCUCGUCAUCAUCACGCUUAUCAUCAAAUAAACUAAAAAAUUAAUAUUUUGAGAGUUUAGAGUUAUUUACGAGAACUGCAAAGAUAAAUUAAAGGGUCGUUGCAGAAAAAAGGAGAGAGAGAGUGACGAAGCCCUAAAUUCUUAUGCUGGAUUCCAUGGCGCGCUUCUCGUCCAUUAAAGAUCUCAAAUGAUUUUGAGGGCUAUUUGCUGGCCGGCGCGUUUGAUACUAAGACGCGAAUCUGUGAUUCUUCUUCUUGUUUCUUUGAUGGCUGUUCAUUAUAUUGGGGGGCUGGAAUGUUCUAAAUUUAUUAAAGUUUGAUAUGUAAGCGAUUUAGAGUUUUGCUUGUCCACGUGGUGGUAAAAAAGCACUUGCUUGUGACAGGGAAGAAAUCGCAAUAAGAAAAAAAGAAUUUUGAAUUGUUUGCAUAAGUAUCAUCUAACAUUUUAAAGUUCUAGAGGAUUUUAAUGGGGUCUUUCUUGAGCUUUCCAGUUACCAAAUCUCAAGAGAAAUUGUGCUCUGAGGUUUCUCAGACUGAAGUUUCUAGCAAAAGGCUGAAGUUGUCAUCAAGUUUUAGCAAUGAGAAUCCAAGACUUAUCCCAAGCUUACCUGAUGAGAUUUCCCACCAGAUCCUUGCCAGAAUUCCCAGGAUUUACUACUUAGGAAUGAAAUUGGUUUCCCGGAGCUGGAAAGCUGCUAUAACCAGUGCUGAAAUCUAUCAGAUCAGAAAAGAGCUCCGAACAACAGAAGAAUGGCUCUACAUUCUGAUGAAGGCUGAAGAGGAUAAGCUCUGUUGGCAUGCUUUGGACCCCUCUGCUGGAAAAUGGCAGAGGCUGCCACCCAUGCCUAAUCUGGUUUGUGAGGAGAAAUCCAAGAGGGGGAUUUCUGGGUUUCUUAUGUGUAAUAUGAUGGACUCCAGCAUUAGAAUUGCUGAUGUUAUCCUAGGUUGGCUUGGCCGAAAGGAUGUUUUCGAACGCCUUCCAUUUUGUGGCUGCGCCAUCGGAACCGUCGAUGGCUGCCUCUAUGUCUUAGGUGGUUUUUCUCGAGCCUUUGCCAUGAAAUGUGUUUGGCGAUAUGAUCCUGUUGUCAAUAUGUGGGAGGAAGUGAGUUCCAUGACCACCGGGAGAGCUUUCUGUAAGGCCAGUCUCCUGAAUGAUAAACUUUAUGUUGUUGGUGGUGUCUGUAAAGGCCGUGGUGGUUUGACUCCGCUUCAAUCUGCUGAAGUUUAUGAUCCUAAAACUGGUUUCUGGACAGAAGUAAAAAAAAUGCCCUUCUCCAAAGCCCAAACUUUACCUACUGCUUUCCUAGCUGAGCUUCUGAAGCCAAUUGCCACUGGAAUGACUACAUACAGAGGGAAAUUGUGUGUCCCUCAAAGUUUGUACUCUUGGCCCUUUUUCGUUGAUGUUGGUGGCGAGAUCUAUGAUCCUGAGACGGAUUUGUGGGCCGACAUGCCUGCUGGUAUGGGCGAAGGUUGGCCUGCACGGCAGGUUGGAACGAAACUGAGUGUGGUGGUAAAUGGCGAGUUAUAUGCUUUGGAACCUUCAAGCUCUUUGGAUUGUGGUAAGAUAAAGAUAUAUGAUCACCAGGAGGAUGCGUGGAAAGUUGUUUUUGACAAGGUUCCAGUUCUUAAUUUUACUGAUGCAGAUUCUCCCAAUUUACUUGCCGGUUUUUCAGGCACGCUUCAUUUAAUCACAAAAAAUGCUGAUAAUGGAACUGCAAUAUGGCAGGCUGAUUUAAAGAAGCAAAUUUGCUCGCGAAAAAAUGAAUCUUUUUUUGGAGCUAGCACUUCUUCUGAAAGUCAUGUUUCUUCGGAGGCGGAAGCAGAUGUUUGGAAGGUCAUUGCUGUUAAGAAUUUCGGUGCAGCAGAAUUAGCCAGCUGCCUCGUUCUUGAUAUCUAACUUGUGAGAUAAAGUUGCCAUGAUUAUAACCUUACUAGCUAAAGAUGCAGGUUAUUUCGGCAGCAGCAGCAGCUCUUCAUAAGAGUUUAUAAGGGGCA